AUGAGCAAUCCUAGAUCUUGGGAGGUUUUGGAACCUGAAUUGGGUAAACUAUGUUACGAUUCGAAGAUCUCGAAUAGAAUACCAAUUUUGACUGAACUAAAAGAGAUUGUGAAGACCAAUAAUUUGUCCAGGGAACAAUUGCUCAAUUUAGCCAGCGUUCUUUUGAACACUUACACAAUUUACAAGGACCAUGAAUCAAAGAAAGCUGUUUGCGAUAUUUAUGAUGAGAUGAUCACAAUCGAUGGGUCCUUCAUUGCGAUCUUUUUGGAUCACAUUGUUGAGACUUUAGGUGAUAAGAUUGGUACUAAGGCUUUAUCGGAUUAUCUAAAUUUGUUAGACAAUAUCAAUCAUUUUCUUCAGGUGAUUUUAGUCGAUUCGAAUUUAACUAGCCAAUACCUACCGAAAGUGUUGCAAUGCCACACAAUUACUACUGCUAGUAUCGAAACAUCACUGGACAUAUCUGAAAAAUCCAUGGAAUUGGUUAGCGAGAAGCAAAAUCAGCACAGAAGAAGAAUGAGAAAGACAAUUAUUCAGAAUUCAACAAAAUAUUUAAACAAGGGUUUAAAGAACACUGAGAAUAUCCAAGAUGUAUUGGAGACUAUAAGGCAUCAGCUACUAGAGGAAUAUGUGAAGUUGAAACUACCAGUUGCGGGUAUCUUGGUCUUUUCGGCUGCUUUAACCAAGGCUGCUCUUCAAUUACAUGUACAGACACCAAUUGUGCUGGAAUUUUUAAGGACAACAUACUCAAAAGAUUUUGUUGUCUUUUUUGGUAAAGAGGUACUAUUAGGUAAAACACCACCUUCAUCAUUAUGUGUCGCAACUAGUAUCGAUACUAUAUCUCAAGAAUUAUUCACAGAAGAUAUGAUAAAGAAUGAUAUUAUACCAGUCUUGGAAAAGUCUAAUCUGAGAUCCCCCGAAUCCAGCUUUCAAUAUGCCAGAGCUCUUUUUGGUAGCAUUAACGCCAAAACAAUCAAUAUGGCUGAACUUUACGCAUCUACGAAACUAAUGUCUCAGGCAUUCUCUUCAUUUAAGAGUUCCAGAGAGGGUACCAAAACCGCUGCAAUUUCUUUUACUGUUUCAGUACUGAGAUCAUUGUGUGUUGAGACAACUGAAGAAAGUGCUCUUUUGAAAAUUGUUGAAAACAUAUUCACCAAUUUGAAGACUAAUAUGAAUGCUGAUUACAAAGCCAUUGUUUCCACAUUACUACAAGCUAUACCAACCUUCCAUGAAAAUGUUUCUUUAGAUAUUGCUGAGAAACUGUCUCCAUUGCUGGUGAAAGAAUCGAAUGAACAAGCACUUGUUAACUUAUUAAAUCCUUUUUAUCAGCACUAUUUUGCAACUGGCACUUCAAUUGAUAAAUUUAAUACCACAAUUAUAUCUGGACUUCAAGAAAAGAAGGCUCCUCUUAAAAGAUGUUGGUUUUCUAGUCUAUUUAUGAACAUCGAUACUGUUACAGAGUCAAUAGCAAAGACUAUUGGGAAACUUUGCACCACAUAUAUCAAAGAAAACUUAGUCCACGCUCAAAGAACAGAGCAUAGCGUAGCUUUUAGUAUCUUAUCUGGCUUUGUGUUCUUUUCAGAGAAUGUUUAUGCAGAAAUUGAGCAUGAUAUAAUUGAUAUUCAAAAAGAUGCAAUGCUAGGUGAGGCAUUUUUGAGAGUAUGUACAUCUAUUGAAUUGGAUGCAGUAACACGUCAACGUUCUGUAACCCUAUUGGAAAAGGCCGUUUCAUUGCAAGGUGAAACUAUAUCAGAAAAUGUGAUAAAUUCUAUUGCAAACCUCAUGAAACAAGACUCCUUUGAAUUGGAUGAAAAAUGCUCAAUAGUAUACUUUAUACCAAUUUUCAAUGCAUUAGUUACAUCAAAUGAGGACAAAACUACUCAAGGUAAUAUCUUGAGAUUUCUAUUGGUCAUCUCACAGUAUGAUAAAUUCAGGAUUAAAAAUGGUUGGGCCGGUUUGGCUCUCAAAUGUGGCAUAGAUCCUUCUCAGAUUAUUGCAGAAAACACGAGCACAAUUAUAAACACUAUUAUAAGUGAGUCUUCAAAACCCGAACUGUUGAACACGAUUUAUGGAAGCUGUGUUAUCAAGGCAGCCUCAUACAUAGCAUUUAUCAAUCCUGUUGCUGUUGCUGGGCCAAUAGCCAAGCUUUUCAGUGAGGAUCUUUCUGUUGCUGAUCUUGAUAAGUUAACAGAAGAAGAUGUAAGUAUAUGGAAAGGUAAUGAAGGCGAAAUGGUUAUCAAUGUGUUGGAAAAGCGCAAUGAUAGAAAAUUAGCUGACAAGAAUUCUAAGGAUUAUGAAACUCUGAAAUGGGAAGAAUCGAUCAGAAAAGAGCAGGCUAAGAAAGCUAAUUUGAAACUUUCCAAAGAAGAUCAGAUGUUAGUUAAGGAACAACUUGAAAAAGAAUCCAAAAUUAGAACUCAUGUUAAUGGCAUUUAUUUGAGACUAUACAGAAGUCUUUCUCUAAUCAAGCAGUUAUCAAAGGAGGCUAAGCUUGUUGACAAUGGUAUUUUAGUAUGGUAUCCAACCGCUGUGAACUCGUUGAUGAGCCUGAUCAGAACGGAGAACUCAUAUAAUCUUCUUGAGUCAUUAUUAGUUGAAUCAUUUUUAUCUUUAUCUGAAAACACUGCCGAAAAGCUAGAACACUACAGACUAUUUUGUGGGUUGGCUAUAUUAAGAGUUUACAAGGCUAAAUUUAUACCAUCCAAUUACCUUGAAGAAAAUCUAGAAGAACUAUUAUCAAGGGUAUUGUUUAGAUUGAAGAUUGUGACAAGUAACACUGAACUCGAUUCAAUUACUUUGACAUAUUUGCUUCCUCUGAUUACUUAUGUUCUAGAAGAAGGUAAAAAGGCUGCACUUAAAAAUGCGGACAAGCCUGUUAACAGAACUGAAUUUGUUGAAGAAGAUUCGGAAGAAGAAAAUUUGCUUCUUGCCAUGGACAUCAUUUCAGCUCAAGCUCCAUUAUUUGAGAAUUCAUCCAUUCCAAGGGCCUCAAUUUUACAAGUGCUACUAUCGCUACUUUCUCUUCCAUCUAAAGCUAAAAUUGCCAAGGACUGCUUAAAUACAUUAAGUCAAAGUAUCUCAGUACAUCCCACAGAAAAUGAUCUGAAAAUCAUCAUUUCCAGUUUGUUAUCGGGGCACUCAUUUGUACGUACUACUAUUUUGGAAGUUUUGGACAAUGAGUAUGAAUUACAAGAAUUCAUGAAAUUCUCUCCUGAAAUAUUCAUGUGUAGAUUUGAUUCGGAUGAUAAUAAUAGGGAAUUAGCAAACUUCAUCUGGGAGUUUAACAAAUUCGAAAUUGUUCCGGAAUUACUAGACGGUCUAUUGUCUCUAUUUUAUCAACAAGAUAGUGGUCUCCGUUUGUUUUUGGCCCGUGGUUUUGCAUACGCUACUUAUAAUGUUAAGGGAGAAGAAUAUUUGGAGCAGUCUCUGAAAAUGUUAAUGAACUUUUAUAAUGAGAAGGCCCAACCUUUAACUGCUAUUCUUGAUGAGUUUGGUUUAGUGGUCGUCCCUGCCUCACAAAGAAAAGAUCUGUGGGAAGAAAGAAGCACAGCCGCUAUUGCACUAAAAGAGCUUUCGCCUGGCUUGCCAAGUGACGGUGAUACUGUGGUUUCUGUAAUUGAAUUCUUGAUUGCUGGCCCACUAGGUGACAGAGAACCAAUUGUGCGUCAAGAAAUGAAAGAAGCAGGUAUUGAAAUCAUUAAUCAGCAUGGUGCUCAAAAGUCAUCACAGUUAGUUCCCCUAUUUGAAAGCUCUCUAGAAACCAUUAAAGAUGUUAAUACAAAGGAAAACGUAAUUAUUUUGUAUGGUACCCUUGCACAGCAUUUGGAUAAGUCCGACAAAAGAAUUGGAUCUAUUAUUGAUCAAUUGUUACAAACGUUAGACACCCCCUCUUUAGAUGUUCAGCAGGCUGUUUCUUCCUGUAUUGCAGCCUUGGUGUUUCAAUUCAAGGAAAAUUGUGGAUCAUACAUUACACAGUUGCUAGCCAAGCUUUUAGAUUCUACCAUUGCUAAGCCUGUAAGAAAAGGUGCUGCUUGGGGUAUUGCAGGUAUAGUUAAAGGGUAUGGUAUCUCGGCUUUAUCAGAGUUUGAUAUUAUACGUAGUUUAAUGGAAGCUUCAGAAGAUAAAAAGGAUGCUAUUAAAAGAGAAUCGGUUGCUUAUGCUUUUGAAUAUCUAUCACAAUCCUUGGGUAAAUUAUUUGAACCUUAUGUGAUAGAAGUUCUACCAAAUAUUUUGAAGAAUCUUGGUGAUUCUGUGCCUGAAGUCAGAGAUGCUACUGCAGCUGCAACCAAGUCGAUUAUGGCUAACACGACUGGUUAUGGUGUGAAGAAGAUGAUCCCAGUCACUGUUGCAAAUCUUGAUGAAAUUGCAUGGAGAACAAAAAGAGGGUCUGUUCAAUUGUUGGGUAAUAUGGCAUAUCUUGAUCCUACUCAACUGUCGAACUCGUUGUCAACAAUUGUACCCCAAAUUGUUGGUGUUUUGAAUGAUUCACACAAGGAAGUACGCAAAGCUGCUGAUGAAUCUUUAAAGCGUUUCGGUGAAGUCAUUAGAAAUCCUGAGAUACAGAGAUUAGUUCCAAUCUUGUUAAAGGCUAUCGGUGAUCCGACGAAAUAUACUGAAGAGGCGCUAGAUGCAUUGAUACAAACUCAAUUCGUCCAUUAUAUUGAUGGUCCUUCUCUUGCAUUAAUCAUUCAUAUUAUACACCGUGGUAUGCAUGACCGUUCUGCUAAUACAAAACGUAAAGCAUGUAAGAUUGUUGGUAAUAUGGCUAUUUUGGUAGAAACCAAAGACUUGAUUCCGUACUUGCAACAAUUAAUCGAUGAAGUUGAAAUAGCAAUGGUUGAUCCUGUACCAAACACCAGAGCUACUGCCGCUAGAGCUCUUGGUGCUUUAGUUGAACGUUUAGGUGAAGAUCAAUUCCCAGAUUUGAUUCCAAGAUUAUUAGAUACAUUGAAUGAUGAGACAAAAUCUGGUGAUCGUUUGGGAUCUGCUCAAGCCUUAGCAGAGGUCAUCAGUGGCCUAGGUUUAUCCAAAUUAGAUGAAUUACUACCUACUGUUCUUGCAGGUGCUACUAAUUACAGAUCAUUUGUUAGGGAAGGUUUUAUGCCGCUGUUAUUAUUUUUGCCUAUUUGUUUUGGUGCCCAGUUUGCACCAUAUAUCAACCAAAUCAUUCAGCCUAUUCUAGCUGGUUUGGCCGAUAUAGAUGAAAACAUUAGAGACACUUCAUUGAAGGCAGGUAAAUUGAUUGUGAAAAAUUAUGCAACAAAAGCCAUUGAUCUAUUAUUGCCUGAAUUGGAAAGAGGUGUAUUUGACGAAAAUGAACGUAUUCGUCUUUCAUCUGUUCAACUAUCUGGUGAAUUAUUAUUCCAGGUUACUGGUAUUUCAUCUAGAAAUGAAUUCUCAGAAGAGGGUGAAAUCGGAUCAGAGUUUUCUGGUAAAAUGGUUGAUGUUCUUGGUCAAGAGCGGAGAGACAGAGUGUUGUCUUCUUUGUUUGUUUGUAGAAAUGAUACUUCUGGUAUUGUUCGUGCAAGCACUGUUGAUAUUUGGAAGGCAUUGGUUCCAAACACCCCACGUACUGUUAAGGAAAUUCUGCCUGUUCUUACUGAUAUGAUUGUUACAAAUUUGGCAUCCUCAUCAAAUACCCUAAGAAAUAUUGCUGCUCAAACUCUUGGUGAUGUGGUUCGUAGAGUUGGUGGUAACGCUAUGGCACAGCUAUUGGAGGCUCUCGAAGUGACAUUGGAAAAGACUUCUAACCCAGAUUCAAGAGAGGGUGUGUGUAUUGCCUUGAAUGAGUUAGUUAUGUCUGCCAGCAUGGAUACUCUAACCCAAUAUCAAGAUACAGUUGCAAACAUAUUGAGAAGAACCUUAAUUGAUUCUAAUGAAUCUGUCAGACAGGCAGCAGCCCUGUCUUUUGAUUCCUAUCAAGAGGCAGUUGGUAAGGUUGCUGUGGAUGAAGUUAUCCCAUACUUAUUGAAUGCUCUGAAAUCCAACGAAAACUCAGAAUAUGCAUUGCUAGGUUUACAGGAUAUUAUGGCAACAAAAUCGGAUGUUAUUUUCCCAAUUCUAAUGCCAACUUUGCUUGCAUCACCUAUAGAUUCGUUCAGAGCAUCUGCUUUAGGUUCAUUGGCGGAGGUUGCUGGUCCAGCUCUAUAUAAACGUCUUUCGGUUAUUAUCAAUUCGUUAGUCGACACUUUGAUAUCUGAUGAUAUUGAUGACACAACUAAGGAGGGUGUCAAGCAAGCGCUAGAUCGUGUGUUUUUAUCUGUUAAGGACGAUGAAGGCUUGCACCCAUUGCUGCAACAAAUUCUAGCUCUUGUUAAGAAUGAUGACAUGAAGAAGCGUAUUGUUACAUUGCAGUGCCUACCAAACUUCUUUGAGCAGACCUCCCUAGAUUUGGAUGUCUAUGUCCCAGACUUUGUUUCCAAUUCAAUCAUGUCAUUGGAUGACGAGAAUGCUGUUUUCGUGAAGGCAACAUUUGAGGCAUUGUCUGCGCUUGUGAAGAAGCAGCCUAAGGAUAUGCUAGAAAAAUUGGUUCAGCCAGCAAAACAAGCAUUGCAAAGAACUGGUAAACAAGGUGAAGAUUUAUCAGCCUUUGCACUUCCAAGAGGUCCUAACUGUGUUCUUCCAAUCUUUUUACAUGGUCUAAUGUAUGGUUCCGCUGAGGAGAGAGAAGUUUCCGCUUUGGCUAUUGCCGAUGUAGUUUCAAAGACUCCGGCUGAUAACCUAAAACCAUUCGUUAGUGCUAUUACCGGUCCUCUAAUUCGUGUUGUUGGUGAAAGAUUCAAGAGUGAUGUCAAGGCUGCUAUUUUGCUAGCAUUGAAUAUACUGUUCAAGAAAAUUCCACAGUUUUUGAGACCAUUUAUUCCACAAUUACAAAGGACUUUCGUUAAGUCCUUGUCAGAUCCAACUAAUGAGACUUUGAGAUUGCGUGCAGCUAAGGCUAUUGGUACUUUAAUUGAAUUCCAGCCACGUGUUGAUCCAUUGGUGAUUGAGCUUGUUACUAGCGCUAAGCAAACUGAAGAAGAGGGUGUAAAGACCGCUAUGCUAAAUGCACUGUUGGAAGUUGUUGGUAAGGCUGGUUCAAAACUGAACGAAGCUUCCAAGAAGAACAUUGUAAAGUUGGUCGAGGAAGAGAUGCUCUCCAGUAAUGAUAAACUAGCUGUUGCUUAUGCUAAAUUGAUAGGUUCUCUAUCUGAAAUCUUAUCAGAAGAUGAAGCUAAGAAUAUUCUUCAAGAAAAGGUGUUAGAUGCCGAUAUGGAAGGUAGCGCCGGUAAGUUUGCGGUAUUGAUUUUGAACUCGUUUUUGAAAGAUGCACCUUCUCAUAUUUUCAGUUCAGGUGAGAUUCAUAAGUUUGUUAAAUUUAUUACUGAUGCUAUGACAUCAACUAAUGUUCACUUUGUUGAAAAUGCUACAUUAGCGGCUGGUAAAUUAUUGCUUCUACAUAAUGAGACGAAGUCUCCUUACACAAAUAUGAAGAACGACGUAACUUUCAUUGUCCCUGAGGAGGAUAUCAAGUCUUUAGUCGAGGAAUUAGCUAAGAGUGCAUUAGUACCAUCUAGUAACACCACAGAUCAAAGAAGACUUUCAUUAGUUGUUCUGAGAACCAUUGCAAGAUUAAAGAACGAGGAGACUGUGAAGCCAUACUUGGAUGUUCUUGCCCCUGCUGUGUUUUCAUGUGUCAGAGAUGUUGUUAUUCCAAUAAAGUUAGCUGCUGAAAAGGCCUUCUUGGCUUUGUUCGGUUUAAUUGAGGAAGAAGACAUGGCUACAUUCAACAACUGGUUUGAAAGCGUGAGCAGCAAUGGUGCUACUAUAGAUAACAUAGUGGGAACCACUAUACAACUGAGGUCGAUUGGGGAUUACACGAAGAGAGUUGCCAAGAGGCUGGCUGCAGUUGAAAGAGAAAGAACCGCGGCCGGUGGUGAUGAUGAGAUGAUGUUCAGUGAUAGGUAUGAGGAUGAAAGAGAAAUAUGGGCCGUCGGUGGUGUUGAGUUGCCAACGGAUAUAUAG